AUGUACGACUUUCCCCUCCCCGCAUCCACUUCCCUCCCUCCCUCCCCCCACAAGUCGCACAAGCCACGGCGGCGGUCACAGUCCCCGCUCCCCGGCCUCUCCACCCUCCUCCCAACCCACCACUCAUAUCAUGACUACUCGCCUUCAACGCGCGCCUCCGAUGUUUCGCGUCUCCUCGACCCCGCGUACGCGAGCAGCUCUUCCUCGUCAUCAGCUAGCCCGUCCACUCCCGAGUCGCAGACACAAACACGCGCGUACGUCGACCACAACGGCGACUUCCACGACCCCGACUACCGCGACUUCCCAAUCAUCCGUCCCCCCUCGCGCAACAACAACGUCAGCAAGCGGAGACGGAGUUCGGGCAGCGCGACGCGUUCGCCAAGUCGCGAGCGCUACGCGAUGACCCUCUCCCCGCCACGGCCGAGUUGGGAACGCGACUGGACACAGGAGGUGGACGAGUCGGACGCAGAGGACGAUGACGAGGCCGAGAGUCAGUCACACUUUUCGCACUUCGCCUCGCCACAAUCAUCCCCGCGCAAGCACGCGUCAAGCGCCGUCCGCUCCUCCUACACCUCCACCUACUACUACUUCCCCGACGCCGCGCCGACCUCGAGUCCGUCCGGUUCCCUCGAGGAUGAGAACGCGCUUCAGCUGCACGAGUCGCCCUUCGGUGACAACGCGGCGGAGCUAGUAGAGGAGCCGAAGCGAUGCGCUGUCUUGGUUCGGCAAAGGUCGAAGCCGAAGAAGACAUCUGGUGUAGAGAUGCAGACGGAGAAGGCUGCGGAGUCCGCGCCUUCUCUGCACACCGUCGACGAGGUGACAGAGGACGAUGAGCAUGCGACAACACCGACAUGCUCGCUCGCCCUCCGCAGGCAAUGGCAAGCGGUCUCGGUGCGCGUGCGGUUCGGCGUGUUCCACGCCAAGCGGCGCCUGCUCAAGCGGCACACCACAUAG